AUGGGCUCAAUAGGUACACCGGCGCCUCGCGUCGUCAUCAUCGGCGCCGGGAUCGUCGGCACCAAUGUCGCAGACGAAUUGAUCCAGCGCGGAUGGACGAAUAUCACCGUCGUGGAGCAGGGGCCUUUGGACCUGCCAGGCGGUUCUACAUCGCAUGCUCCCGGCCUUGUAUUCCAGACCAAUCCUUCCAAGACGAUGACGACCUUUGCAAAGUACACAGUAGAGAAGUUGUUGGGAUUAGAUUGCUUCAGCCAGGUCGGUGGUUUGGAAGUCGCAACAACCCCGGAGCGACUUGAGGAGAUCAAGCGAAAGCAUGGCUACGCACAGUCAUGGGGAGUCGAGUCCUCGUUGAUCAGCCCGCAAGAAUGCGUUGACCUCUACCCGCAUUUGAACAAGGACCGAAUCCUGGGUGGCUUCCACAUCCCGAGCGACGGUCUUGCUCUCGCAGCUCGUGCCACCCAGCUCUUGAUCGAACGUACACGACAAGCAGGCGUAACGUAUCUCGACCGGACAACAGUCACCGGUAUCGAGCGGGCCGGCGGGCGUGUCACGGGUGUAACGACCAAUACUCACGGCUCCCUUCCCGCCGACAUCGUAUGCUCCUGUGCGGGAUUCUGGGGCGUGGAAAUCGGUGCUAUGAUUGAUUUGAAAGUCCCACUACUCCCGCUUGCCCACCAAUACGUCAAGACCUCGCCAGUGCCCGCCUUUGCUGGAAAGAAUGCUCAGCCCAACGGUGCACAUCUUCCGAUCCUUCGCCACCAGGAUCAAGAUCUCUAUUACCGAGAGCAUGGAGACAGGGUUGGCAUUGGCUACUAUGGCCACAAGCCUAUGCCCGUCGUUGCAUCGACUCUACCUGUACUCGGGCAUACCGACGAUAAGAACAUGCCAUCUCGGCUUGACUUUACCGCUGAAGACUUUGCACCUGCAUGGGCGGAAUCACAGGCUCUUAUUCCCGCUUUGAAAGAAGCGGAAAUCGAGGACGGUUUCAACGGAAUCUUCUCGUUCACCCCAGAUGGAGGCACUCUUCUCGGAGAAGCUCCGAAUGUCGAUGGUUUCUGGGUGGCCGAGGCCGUCUGGGUCACGCACUCCUCCGGCGUCGCGCGUGCUCUCGCCGAGCUCCUUACGACCGCAAGAUCAUCCGUGGAUCUCGCGGACUGUGCCCUCUCUCGAUUCGAAGACGUCCAACUCACCCAAUCAUACAUCCACGAAACGUCGAAGCAGAAUUUCGUCGAAGUCUACGACAUCCUGCACCCGCUCGAGCAGAAGAUAUCGCCGCGCAACGUGCGUGUCAGCCCAUUCUACGCACGCCAGCUCGAGCAAGGCGCCGUCUUUUUGGAGGGCGGGGCAUGGGAGCGACCGCACUGGUAUGAAAGCAACAAGUCUCUCCUACAAGAGCUUCCCAAAGAGUGGACACCGCCGGCGAGGGAUGCCUGGUCCGCCAAAUACUGGAGCCCGAUUGCGGCCGUCGAAGCGUGGAAGACGCGAACUUCCGUCGCGGUAUACGACAUGACCCCCUUACGCCGAUUCGAGGUCAGCGGACCGGGUGCCGUGGACUUGCUUUCCAGGCUGUGUACGGGCACGGUCUCGCGCAAAGCUGGUGCAGUCACAUAUACCCUACUUCUCGACGAGGCGGGAGGUGUGAAGAGCGACAUCACCGUCGCGCGCGUCGAGGAGGAGCUGUUCCAAACGGGUGUCAACGGUCCCGUCGACCUCGUUUACUUCCAAGCCGAAGCUCGCAAGCAGAGGAAGAUCAACCCCGACAAAUGGAUUCACAUUCGCGACAUCACCGGCGGAACAUGCUGUAUCGGUCUCUGGGGCCCAUACGCCUACAACGUCGUCAGCGCGCUAAGCUCCGACGACUUCACCAACAAGGGCAUCACUUACUUCCGUCUGAAGAAAGCCAGCAUCGCCGGAGUACCGGUGGUAGCCAUGCGUCUUUCCUACGUCGGCGAGCCCGGCUGGGAAAUCUACACCACUGCUGAUAAUGGUCUGCGGUUGUGGGACGCCAUUUGGAAAGCGGGCGAGCAAUACGGCAUCAUCGCCGGUGGCCGCAGCGCGUUCAAUUCCCUUCGUCUCGAAAAAGGAUACCGCUCCUGGGGCACCGAUAUGACGACGGAGCACGAUCCCUUCGAGGCAGGCGUGGGCUUCGCGGUGAAGUUGGACAAGAAAGGCGGCUUCAUCGGCCAGCGCGCGCUAGAAAGCAAGUCGCAGCAGGAGCCGUCUCGACGACUCCGAUGCCUUACUAUCGACGAUGGCAAAUCGGUGGUCCUCGGCAAAGAGCCUGUAUUCCAUAACGGCAAGGCAAAGGGGUACGUCACGAGCGCCGCGUACGGCUAUUCGAUCGGCAAGCCCAUUGCCUACGCCUGGCUGCCUAGCGAUGUCGCCGAGGGCGAUGCGGUGGAGAUUGAAUACUUCUCCCGCAGGGUCAAGGCUACGGUCACCCCGGAACCGAUCUUUGAUCCGAAGAUGGAUCGAUUGAGGGGCGACUUUAUCACUUCGCAGUCAAAGCCGGCGGCGCAAGCUAAUGGCCAUGCUAACGGCGAUGGCGUGGUGAAGAAAGUCAUCAAUAAGGCUGAGGAGGUUGCGGGCAAGAUUACUUCCAAGGUGAAUGGCACCCCGAAUGGCACCGCGAAUGGUACCCCGAAUGGCAUCGCGAACGGCGAUGCGCAUUACGUUAAUGGCUUCUCGACGAAGACGGAACAGUCGCUGCGGAACGGCACGGAGGCUACUGUGACGGCCGGAUGA